CUUACACGUGGGAGAACCCGGCAAACACAGUGAUGGAUCAAAUACAUUCUCAUUCGGUUAGAAGCAAUCAGAGGUGAUACAGGACUUUAGGAUGCCUCCGAUAGGCAGUGGGAAGGAUGACCAUCUUUUGGCCUCGGUGGACGGCAAUAAACAAGCAAACGGACAGUCGUCAACACAAACUGACAUUCAACCGAACACUGUUGUUGAGUUGAAAAAGCGGAUCACGUUGUGGAAUGGAGUAGCGAUCAUUGUGGGCUCUAUCAUAGGCUCGGGAAUAUUUGUCAGCCCUAAAGGUGUAUUGAAACAUACAGGAUCGGUGGGGUUGUCAUUGGUUGUCUGGGCAGGAUGUGGGUUGCUGUCACUGAUCGGAGCAGUGUGUUAUGCUGAGCUCGGAACAACCAUCGCCAGGUCCGGAGGAGACUAUGCCUACAUCCUGGAGGCAUUCGGACCAGUCUGUGCUUUCCUUCAACUCUGGGUAAAUUUGAUAAUUAUUCGACCUACAGCUCAAGCAAUCGUGGCCUUGACCUUUGCAAAUUAUGCACUCCAACCCUUCUUCGCGGACUGUGUUGCACCCGACGCUGCUGUUCGCCUGUUGGCUGCAUUGUGCAUCAGUAUUCUGACAUUUGUGAACAUGGCCAGUGUGAAGGCUGCCACGCGGAUCCAGGACCUGUUCACAAUAGCCAAGCUUCUCGCCUUAAUCACCAUCACCAUCGCUGGCAUCGUAAUGAUAAGCCUAGGUGAAACGGAGCACCUGGACACAGGCUUUGAAGGGUCAUCUGGCAGCGUGGGAGAUAUAUCAUUAGCUUUCUACUCCGGUCUCUUUGCUUAUGCUGGAUGGAAUUUUCUCAACUUUGUAACAGAAGAAAUGAUAGAUCCUUUUAAAAACCUGCCGCGGGCUAUCUACAUCUCCAUCCCCAUAGUAACGGUGGUCUAUGUGAUGGCCAACGUGGCAUACUUCGCAGUCAUUUCACCGGCAGAUAUCUUAGCGUCAAAUGCUGUUGCCGUGACAUUUGGAGAUCGCCUGUUUGGUGUCAUGUCCUGGAUAAUGCCAGUGUUUGUGGCACUCUCCACAUUUGGAGGAGUGAAUGGACUUCUCUUCACCUCAGGAAGAAUGUUUUUUGUUGGGGCUCGUGAGGGGCAUUUACCAGACUUCCUAGCUAUGAUCAACGUGAAUCAUUUCACACCACUACCUGCAAUGUUUUUUACGGGUGGCAUGUCCAUCUUGAUGCUGGUGUCCAGUGAUGUGUACGCCCUCAUCAAUUAUCUCAGCUUCGUCCAGUGGCUGUCUGUUGGGGCAUCCAUCUUAGGGAUGUUGUAUCUCCGCAAAACUAAACCGAAUCUGCCCAGACCUAUUAAGUUUCCCGUGUUUAUUCCUGUUAUAUUUUUGGUGGCUGUCGUCUUCUUGCUGAUCGUGCCGCUCUACGCGGCCCCUCGGGACACUGGGGAUGGGAGUCCUAAUUGUGUGUUCCGGAAUUCCUGUAUAUAUAAUCGGCGUCAAGUGGAAGAGUAAACCCAAGUCUUUCAACACUUUUGUUCAAAAAAUAACACAACUGGCGCAGAAGCUGUUCCUUGUGGUAUCCGAAGAGAGGGAGAGUGACGAUACAGACACGGAUAAAAUCGACCAUGUAGAGUGACCACUCUGGUGUCAUCACUACGCUUAUAGAACUUUCUAUGUCUAUGCUCAAUGGUAAUGGACAGUCUAGUUCUAGGGACCGGUCGUUUAUAAUUGGGUGUGUUCGGUCUGAAUGAAUCAGGAGAGUGGCAUCAAAAGCUCUAAAGAUAAGGUCAUUAAAAAUAACUUAUGUUUUGGGAGGGUGAUAAAAAAUGGACAUUUUAUAAUAAUGCAUGUCUUGAAGGGAAGGUUAUUAGAAGUACCAUCUAUUUCUGGAGGGUCUUGAAAAAAUGGGCAUUAUGUAAUAAAAUACACAGUGCAUUUGCAUAUUGUUUCUUCAGGGAGGGUCUUGUAAAAUUGACAUUAUGUAAUAAAAUAUACAGUGCUUUUGCAUAUUGUUUCUUCAGGUAGGUUCUGGAAAAAAUGUCCAAAGACGUGAGGAUCAUUCUAAAUAUGGUCAGCUUGAGGGGAGGGGCAUUAUUUUCAGUUUUUUACUGAUCAAAAAAAAAAAAAAUACCCAGCCCACCUGAAAUAAAUGACUGGUCCCCUAAGCAGCUUAAAUGUCAUAUUCAGUAUUUCUAAUUGAAAUACAUGUUGAUGCAUAUCUGUGACCACAAGUCACCUCAAUUAUUGUUUUGACGAUAAAGUUCGGAAAGAACAUGCUUCAGUACUCCCAGGUGUUAUGUCAUCUCUUGGAUGCAAAAUAUGAACAUUUAGAAAGUCAACAGUUCAAACAAUCAAUAAUGCCCUCAACAUUUUUUCAUUUAAGUAUUCCAGGAAUUGGUGUUCCUGGGUUCAAUUUGAUUGGAGACAGUUUGAGAUGGUAUACAGCUAUAUAUACACUAGGUGUACACAGAGAUGAUUUUAUCGUAUUUGUUACUGAAAAAGCAACACAAAAUAUGUGACUACGAUAGCAGUAAAAAAAUAUGAUUUAAAAAAAUAUAUAUAUUAAAUUAUCAAAUAGCAUCCAUACCAUCCACAAUAAUUUCAACCACAUUUUAUUCAGUAUCAAGCUAUAUGUGGAUACUCACUACUGAUUUAGGUGAGUACAAUGUUAAUAACAAGUUCUUAGACUAUCUCUCUAUAUUUUUUUAAUAGGAAAAUUCUUUUGAAAAGUUAAUGCUAAUUUUGGCCCCAAAAUACUAAUUUUUGCAUCAGUUUUAGCCAAAUAUACUAAUUGGCAUAGCUGGAAGCCCUGUGUACAGUACUCGUGUGUGUACAGUACUCGUGUGUGUACAUGUCCUAUAUCGUACAGAUGCACUGCCAACAGAUCAACAUUGCAGACACAGACGAGUAUUCGUGACUAAUGCACAAAUAUUGUUUGUUUUAUGUUGGCUUGUGUAAACUAUUGUUGUGAUAAAACUUGAAGUUGUAUAAUUUGGAUAUUUUAUUGCUUUUCUCAGGAAAUGUUGUGUUAGGGAUUUGGUACAUAAUUCAAACAUAUUCUAAACUCUUUAUCACUAAAAUAUAGUAGAAAAACAUUUUCUCGAUAGUUUUCACAAAGCUGAUGUUUUAGCGACAUAAAAUAGGUUUCUGAAGAAUGUUGAGUCAAACACGGUUAUGUCUAAUGGAUGUGUCAAGCUUACCCUUGUUUAGUAAAGCUAGGACCCUGCCUACUCAUUCUUUAGUCUUCUUUCUGUGUUCAUCUCGAGCCUCAGAUAACUUGAAGUAUUUAGGAAGGUAAAUUUCAACUAUGUUUGGAAUAAUUACAAAAUGACAUACAGAACCAGACCCCACUGCAGCACGCAGUUUACUGUUACAAGAUCUAAAUAUUGCCAAUGCAAGUCAACGAAAACCUGUAUUUCCUCUGCCGACCUUGUUUUGUUGUUUGCUAAGGCCACAUGUGGGACAAUGUCUCCUGUCUCAAACACGUAAUGACUGUUGUAACUAUGGUGUUUUUACUGAAUUACCAAUUUUUAAAAUAUGUCUUAAGCAGGCAUGCAAACAGUGCAGGGUAAAUUGAUUGGAUGUAUUUUAUCUCCACUGGAUUCUAAUCUCCAUUAAACCAUGACUAGGGCUGAGAUUUUGUUUUGUUACUUCUUUUCUGUGAAUAAAUAUUUAACUUGUUUUUGACUACUGAAUGUCAGGCAUGGA